GUAGUCCUCCGGAGCCGCAGCCCGCCACGAGGAGCGCAGUGAGACUCCGCGGGUCCAGGCGGGACCGGGUCCAGGCGGUACCGGGUCCAGGCGCGGUGUCGCUUACCGUCUGAAAAGACCUGCGUUCACAUCAGUUAGACUUGAUAUUAGAAAUACUCUAUAAGACCAGCACACAGACACAACAGACGGGGCGGCCGCCCGGUGGCCCCCCUGCUCCGAUGGUCACCUGUCCCAGGUGAAGCGGGCCCGGUGGCCCCCCUGCUCUCUGGAAGACUCACUGGGGGGCGGACUGAGUACUGAUGCAUCUGUGGUUCAAAAUGUGGCACGGAGACCUCGGACCUCCUCAGAAGACAUCACACAGUUUCACAGGCUGAGGAGUCCUCACCAUGAACCUGAACACACACCCACAGCGGCCCCCAUAGACUGUAACAUCAACCCUGUGGGAUUGUGGUCUGGGCCCCUGGUCCCUUUCUCUCUCAGAUAUACUUUAUGAAUUAAAAACUAAUCUUUGAAAGCAGCUGAAGUGAGCUUGAUGAGUAGAAGUGGAGUGCCGCAGCCAGUCAGGUGGUAGAAACACACCUGAUUUGUCUGAGGCAGACUGCCGAGGCCUCGUGCUGGCUUCAGAUGAACUCUGGAAAGCCUCUUGGACUGGCUUUAGUCCCCCAUCACUCCCACUGGAAGGCUAAUGUCCAGCAGGGCCCGGCUGACACGUUAAAGACAGUUCAGUAAACUCCACAACAGAGCUGUGAAUCUAAACAACGUGUUUGGAUGUAUUUAAACCCAUUUGUCAUGACAUUUAAUAAAUAAAUGUGACAUGUUUUCUGACGCUUGCUAAUAAAAGGGUUGCACAUAUUCAGGCCAUUUCUGACACGCUACGGUUGUUUCACCUCCAACAUUAUAAUUCAUAUCGCUAAAUAUAAUAGAUUAAUUAAAGUGUUUGGGUCUGGGUUGUUUUACACAUUGUUCCUCUCAAUAUAUUUAAGCGUUGUGUUUUUAUUGACUCCUUUUCCUGCAUAAAAACAUUUUGCGACAUUUCCGGUUGCUGUUGCGUCGUUUUGCUUUACGGCAGUUGUGACAAACCGGAAGUGUCAGCCGCUGGCUGCGGAGUUAUUUGGACCGACAGGUGCAUUUUGUUUUUAAACUGAAGGCAAACAGAGCCCGGAGGGACCCGAGACGCGACGCACACCUGCGGACAGCGGACACCUGAUGUGACCGUAACGAUGCGAGGAACAGCGGCGCAGUUUCCACAGCUUCCGUCCACAGCGCGAGCUAAGCUAACUUAGCCAGGAGCUAGCGAAGCCAGUUUGUCAGCUUGGAUCCCGGGACCGUGUUGUGAGCCAAAGUCGAUGUGACAUCCUGAACUCUUCAGCCCGAGCACCCCGGGUGCAGUCCUCAGACGCCGACUCAUCGCUGGGCUUCCGUCUUUUAAACACACAAUGUGGCUACAGCAAAGACUAAAGGGGCUACCGGGCUUGUUAUCGAGCAGCUGGGCGAGAAGACUCCUCAUCGGGCUGCUGCUCUUCCUCAUCUUCUACUGGUACCUGGGGGCCGAGCGCAGGUGGAGCUUCUUCAGCGGCUCGGCCGUGCCCGGCGGGGCGGCCGGACACUGCCUGCUGGCUGAGAUCCACCGGUGGAAGUCUCUGGUGGACCGAGGGGAGGGGAUAAGCAGCACACCUCAGGACCAGCUAGACACACCUUUUGUGUCAGGUAACGGCCAUAUUCUGAUUGACGUCGACUCUAACAAACUGUGGGUAGCGUCGUCUUCGCAGCCCGGCUCGGCUCCGGUCCACCAGACGGAGUACUCACCGAGAGUCGGCGUCCACCUCGAGGGGAAGCGGGCCGAGGCUCAGGCCACCAUGCUGUGGUUCCGGAAAGGAUCCGUGCUGUCGGUCCGCUGCGCCUCCCCCGCCGCUCUGCAGUCAUCCCGGGACUGCGUCACCAUCAGAGAGGAGUUCAUCGCGCACCGGAGCAGACCCAACGUCUAUCUCCAGCGAAUCCACAUCAACAACCCGUCCGACAGGGCCGCCUCCCUGGACGUCUCCUCCGACGCUCCCUCCUUCGGUAGCAAGUUCUCCACCAGUGUGGAGAAAGUGGAGGACAGAGAGGUGGUGCUGUCCUCCGGCAGAGUGCCUGUGGAGAACAACCGGAUGGUGCUGGUGGUGGUGGUCACCAAGAAGCUGGCCAGCAGGAUCCAGGUCUCUGCCAAGUCAGAGUACACAGACAACAUCCUGUCAGUGGUGUGGACCUCGGAGCCCAUCGAGCCCUCCAAGCUGGAGGAGACCUUCGGCGCCCUCAGAGAUGGAGCCAAAAGGGAGCUGGGGGAGCUGCUGGGGGCCAGCGUGGACGAGCUGGCCGUAGACCACCAGCAGGCCUGGAUGGACCUCUUCAUUUCAGGUGUUGAAAUGAGGAAGAUCACCGACUCCCACACACCGUCGAGCCGCACCGUGAACACCACCCUCUACUACAUCCUGUCCUCCACCACGGCCCCCCUGCUGGAUCGAAGGCUGAGCGGCGAGGAGCGCGCUCGCCUCGAGUCCAGCCUCAACUACGCCGACCACUGCUUCAGCGGCCACGCCACCAUGCACGCGGAGAACCUGUGGCCCGAGCGGGUGAGCAGCGCCGCUCAGAUCCUGCAGCUGGUCACGCUGUGGACGCUGACGCUGCAGAAGAGGGGUUGCAAGGCGCUGGUGGCGGCCGGAGCCCACGGAGCCAUGCAGGGCAUGGCGCUCAGCUUCGGCGGCCUUCAGUUCACAGAGAACCACCUGCAGUUCCAGGCCGACCCGGACGUGCUGCACAACAGCUACGCCCUGAGGGGGAUCCACUACAACCAGGACCUCAUCAACCUGGCGGUGCUGCUGGACGCGGAGGGGAAGCCUUUUCUUCACGUGUCGGUGAAGCCGCAGGAGAAGCCGGUGAAGCUGUACGCCUGCGAGGCCGGCUGCCUCAACGAGCCCGUGGAGCUGACGUCAGAGGUCAAAGGUCACACCUUCCCUGUGAUGGUGACCCAGCCCAUCACACCGCUGCUGUACAUCUCCACAGACCUGCGCCACCUGCAGGACCUCCGCCACACCCUGCACCUCAAGGCCAUCCUGGCCCACGAGGAGCACAUGGCCAACAGGUACCCAGGCCUGCCCUUCCUGUUCUGGUUCAGCGUGGCCUCGCUCAUAACGCUCUUCCACCUUUUCCUCUUCAAGCUCAUAUACAACGAGUACUGUGGCCCCGGCGCUAAGCCCCUCUUCAGGAGCAAGGUCUCCAGCAAAAGUGAGGAUGACUGCUGCGACACCAGGACUGCUGCUUGAACACGCACGCGUUCAACAUGCGGUUCUGCUUUCGCUUUGGCAGCACGGGAGAUGUUAACACGGGGGUGCUGGUGCUGAAUGACGUCCACUGUGGAGUGGCACCACCCACAGGCCUGCUGUGAGAAGAUGUGGAGGCAUGGAGGUUGAAACUGGGGGUCACUUUAAAACCAAACAGGGCUGCAACUAGCCGUUAUUGUCAUUACUGAUUAAUCGACUGGUCUAUAAAAAUCUUGAUAAAUGCCCAUCGCAAUUUCCCAGAACCCAAGUUUACACAUUUAAAUGUCAAACACAAAGAGAUUCAGUUUAAUCUCACGCAAGACUAAAAAACUGCAAACAUUCACAUUUGAGAUACUGAAAAAAACUUUACAUUAAUAAUGAAUAGAUCCUAAAUAUUGUUGCAGGUUAAUUUUGUGUGCAAGACUGUUUCAGCAUGAGUCCUCGUUCUGAAUCUCUGAUCUCACUGGAAAAGUUUUAACUGAUUCAUCACGUCACUCCUGUGACACAAAAAAGGAUCAAAUCGAUGAACCAGACGUCGUCUAUUUUAUUCCACACCUUCUUCUUCAAAACCUGGCGCCUACAUUACCCACAGUGCACCUCUUCCCCUGACAGUUGUAUGGUAGAUUGUGGUGUGUUAUGCUAGCAGCAGCUAAUGUAGCCUGGAGCUGCAGAGCUCUGCUGAGCUCGCUGCUUUCUGACUCCACACCAACACUUUGGUUUCGUCUUCAGACUUGUAGUCUUCAGCCCCGAGCGACGCCGAAAGGCUUCACACUUCUUUAAAACAUCUGUAGCAGAACUGCCCGACACCUGGAGACACCUGGAGACAGACGCUGAGGUGGAAAAUCGGUCAACUUCAACUACCUUUGCCCAGAAUGAUUUCGGAUGACCUCACCAGGCUGUGUCCUGGUUUUGUUAUUGGACCCCAAAUCCCCAAUAAUUUAAACUCCUCCGUAAACGGCAUUUUUAAACAAAAUAUUCAAAUCUCAACUCUCCAAAACUUCACAGAACAGGUGUGACGGCAAUUUUGUUAACUGACAGAAGAAGAAAGUCCGUAGUAUUCAGAGAUGUGAUGGGAGUUAGUGGGUUUCGUUGCUGUACUUCAGCUCGCUAACAUGCUCACAACACCAUGCCGACGUUUAGCAGUUAAUGUUGCUGACCAUCUUAGUUUAGCAUGUAGGUAUGCUAACAUUUGCUAAUUAGCUCUAUGAAUGUCUGUACAUCACUCGAUGGUGAUCCCUCCAGUCGUGGCUGGACAGACAGACAGACAGACAGACGGUACACUUACAAUGAUAAUAACUCAAAUGUCUAAACCAGAUGUUUUCAUCUCAGUGCCUACACAUCUUCUCCACCAAAGCUGCAUCUGCAGGCCGGUGUGGCUGGAAGUGGUGACUUUUCAAAUCCUUUGAGGACUGAUUUCAGCUUGCAUCCCUGGCUUUGGCCUUCUGGACUCAGUGAAUGAGUUACAUUAAGAGCGUGUAGUAUCUGCUCUGCUGGUUUGUUUCAAACCGGUCUGUGUGCGCACGUUUCUUUCCCCGUGCACACUGUUUUCAGUGACGUAGCGCGCUCCGGUGAGUACAACGUCACUACGAGCUGCACUGCUCUGCUCUCCAGGAGUUCAAACAUUUAAAUAUGCUGCACCUUUGGCCACACCCUAAUCAGUGAUGUCACAGCGGGUCUUCCAGGCCAACUGGAAACAGCUGCUGUGACGUCGCUGACGGGCUUCAACCACAUGCUUAUUAAAGAUACUUUCUGACUAAGGCUGGGCGCCCAGUCUACCUGUAAAACUAAUACAUGUACAGAAGGUAAACGCCUUGGUAAUGGCAGCCACUCUGUGUGUAGCUUCCUAUUGGCUGCUCCUCUGAUUUGAAAAAAAAACCCAACACAUUUAAGGUACAAAUACCUUUUUAGAUUUUGGGAUAAGGGCAGCUCACCUGGGGGAGAGCGCCACAUUUCCUGUCCCUCUUCAGCUGUUUCUAUCAAAUAAAAGGCAAAAAGCCCCAAAAAAUCUUUAAAAAAAAAAAAAUAUAUAUAUUAAUGAGGUACAAAAAAAGUCGUGUCAGUAUAUAUGAUUUACAUGUUCUCUCUGAUUCAGCGUAUCUGAGGAUUGCUGAGCUUUUUCUUUUCUGUUUGUGGGUUUAAUCAUCAUUUCAUGUGAACUACUGAGUGUGCCUUAGUGAAGGAAGAAGUUAAUUUAUUGAGCUCACGACUAUAAUCUGAUUGGAUUGUACUUGAAUGUUUUGUGAUCAUGUAAAAGUUUAAAAUGUUUCACCGUGUUUCCUGUUGGGAGAAUAAAUCACUAAAUAAAUCUG